AUGUCGACCUUUCCCCCCAACGUUGUUGAUCACUUUGCCGGCGGGCUCUCUGAUCCACAUAGUCCGCAGUUCAAGCAUAGACGACAUGUCUUCGAUAUCGUCAAUCGCUUGCAUUCUUACGGGUUACACCACCAAAUGGACAUACCUCAAAUUGCAGUCGUCGGCUCGCAGUCUGUCGGGAAGAGCUCGCUAAUCGAAUCCAUCUCUGGUAUUACCCUUCCAAGGGCAAGCGAUGCCCUAUCGAGUGUCGCCUUUCUCGCACAGAUGCCCCUUGGUCCUUUCGGGAAUCCGAUUACCAACAAGGCGGACGUUCAAGAAAGAAUCCGCCGUGCUCAGCUCGCAAUUCUUAAUCCAACGCAACCAACAAUCAGUUUUCUCCAGCCGACUGUCGCUCAAGCUGACCGCAACGAGCUCUCGUUUUCGACGGAUUUAAUUUCGGUCCACAUUCGUGGUCGGGACGUGGAUGAUCUGUCGUUUGUUGACCUUCCAGGGGUUAUCGCAUCUGUCAGAGAAGGAGGACGGGAGGCAGAUAUCCAGGAGGUCAGGGAUCUCGUCACCAGCUUUAUCAAACGUCCGAGUUGUCUCAUUCUACUCGUGAUAUCCUGCGAAACCGACUUGGAAAACCAAGGUGCUCGUUCGCUUGCCAAGAAAUUGGAUGCGAAUGGGAGACGUACAAUCCCUGUCCUCACGAAGCCCGACCGUAUUGGUAAUGGCGAGCACGACACAUGGCUGCGCUUGUUGGAAAACCAAACUGAGCGUUAUCGUCAUGGGUGGCACUGCGUCAAGCAGUCAGACCAGGAACAACUGAAUCAAGGCAUCAGUUGGGCAGAGGCGCGUCAGAACGAAAUCGAUUACUUUAACAAACAACCGUGGUCGACAUUGGAAGAGUCUAUCAGGUCACGCCUUGGGACCAAAUUCUUGACACAGAACCUUGGUAGUAUACUCUUCGAACUCAUUGGGCAGAGACUUCCCGGCCUCGUCCAGGAGUUGGAAAAGAAGGUUACAAUAACUCGAGGAACCAUAACCGACCUUCCCAAAACGCCCAAAGGCGAUCCUGUCGGAAUUGUUUGGAAGCUUAUCACAACGUUCCAAAACAAUGUCUCCCAACUGAUCGCUGGCCGCGCUGUGGAUGGCGCAGAUGGGUUGCUCCAAAGCUUCCGCAAAGGGAAAAAAAUAUUCAGAAUCGCCAUCAAGAGUCAGGCUCCACAAUUCUGGCCUUAUCAUAAGAAUGCGAUCAGUGCGUCGCUUUCACGCACCAAGGCGGUUAUCGACCUUGACGAUAUAAUCGAACUCUCGCAAAGGCAAUUACCUGGUAACUAUCCAUAUGAUGUCAAAAAAGAUCUUAUCCUGCGCUUCACUGCCGACUGGAUCCAUCCAGCUCGUUCGUUCUUUAGAACGAUCUUCCGGCAGCUCACGGCAGACAUCAAGGCAUCUGUUGAAAAACAAUUCUCGCAGUUCUCAGCUGGUGAAUUCAGUAACGAGGUUUUACGCCAUGUCAUUACUCAGCUUAGUAGAUGUGAAAAGAACACUAUCCAGAAGAUGGAAGAGUGCUUUUCUCUCGAAAGAGCAGAACCAUUGACCGCCAAUGAAGACAGGUUCAUCCAGCGAAGAUCUCAUUACCUCUCGAAUUACAAGGCCAUUCGCCGCAAUCAUAAAUACGACGACGGCGAAAUUCAAAAGUUUCUCAAAGGCGAAUUCCAGAAUAGCCCCUACAUGCAAUCUGCUGUGCAGAAUCUACAGGCCAUGGGGUUCCAAAAGGUAUCUCAUGUCGAGCUUCUCCGUCUCCUUCCCGAAGACGAAGCUGAGGAUGCGCUGUUAAUCAUGGCCGAGGUGUCGGCUUACUACGAAGUCGCCUACCGACGCUUCAUCGACAAUAUUUCGCUCACCAUCGACUCGCAUCUAUUCAAGGCCUUCGCCGAGUCUCUUGAUGAUGUACUCUUCAGCGGCUUGUCGCUCAGUGGCGAUGGAGCACGCCAGCGCUGCCAAGCGUUUAUUCAAGAGGAUCCUGAAGUCACUCGCCGACGGGCUUCGUUGGACCAGGAUCUCGAGCGGUUCGAAAAUGCCUUCAGUGACUUGCAGAACAUACCCGGAGUCUCCCUGACUGGUGGGGGUCACAGCUAUAUCAAUGAUGAUGAAGAAGAUGAUGGCAAUAGCUCCAGCAUUGUAGAUGAUCCUGAUCGCCCACCUUCCGGAUCUGUCUCGGUGGUACGGGCACCCACUUCCUCCAGGCGUCAAGAGAUCCCGUUACCAGGGCUCCUACUUGAAGAAGAGAAAGAACUUUGCGCCACUCAGAAAGCGUUCGCAGAGCUUCCCGCAAAACCUGAAGGCGAUCCGGUCGGUAUUGUCUGGAAGCUCCUGGCUGCAUUCCAAAAGGAGGUUACGUUACUCCUCGUCGGUCGACCUGAGGAUGGUUCGUCUGGCCUCCUUCAGAGCUUCCGGAAGGGAAGAAAAGCUUUCAAAGAGGCGAUUGAGCACCAGGCUCCUAAAUUUCUCCCAUACUCUGGGAGUAUGGUCGAGACUCCCGGCGGGCAUUCAAAGACGACGGUUGAUCUGGAUGAAGUUAUCAAGAUGGCGCGCGAUGCCAUCACCCGAGAACUUCCUGGCAACUACCCAUAUGCCGUCAAGAAGAAUUAUGUUUAUCGUUUCACGGAGGAUUGGCUCAUUCCAGCCCGCGCACUGUUCAACAGGAUGCAGCAGCAAUUCAUGAGAGAGCUCAAGAUUCUCGUCGAAAGCCACUUCUCGCAGUUUGGUGCUGGUCAAUUCGACAAAGAGGCGCUUGGUGCUCGCUCAACUCAGUGUCUGUGCCACAAGUACAAUCCAGAAAAUGGACGAAUGUUUCGCACUCGAGAGGAAGAGCCAUCCACAAACAACGAAGAUCGCCUCUCCGAGCUCAAGGAAGAGCUGCUCGCCACCUACAAGGCUGAGCGUCAACGCCAUCGUAAGCACGACAACAGGCUUCAGAAGCUCGUCAAUGGCGAAUUCCAGAACACAACAAUCAUGGGAGAUGCGGUGCGCAAUCUGCAAGCUAUGGGAAUUUCGAAUGUGACGCAGCACUCGCUGCUUCGCUCGCUCCCGACAGACGAAGCUGAGGAUGCCAUCGAAAUAAUGGCAGAGAUGCGCGCAUACUAUGAAGUCGACUAUCGACGCUUUGUCGAUUACACCCCUCUUAUCAUCGACUAUCGUCUCUUCAAAGGCUUUGAACGCACUCUCAACGAUGCAUUAUUCACGGGGCUCUCGCUCGGAGGAGAUGGUGUUCGGGAACGCUGCACUGCGUUCCUUCAGGAGGAUCCCGAGAUUAUGCAGCGCCGUGGAUCUCUUAGUCAAGACUUGGAACGGUUCUAA